AUGCCGUCAAAUCUAGUCGCGAUGCUCGAACAAUGGGAUUUGGCUAGCUACUGGCGGCCGGCCCUUCUCUUGGCAGCCUUGCCUUUGCUGCUUGGCUGGUGGUUUCUCUUUCGUUCGUCCAAGCCUCAGGGCAUUGACAUGAGCAAGUAUACCCAUUUCCCUCAGCCAGAACCCGCAGACAAGAGCAGAGGACAUUGGCCAUGGGUGGAAAAGAUUGCCGCCGAAGGCGACCCGAGAAGAUCGUUCCACUACAUGAUUGACGAGCAGGCUAAAAAGAUGGGCUACCCGCCAGUGCUGCUGACAGACUGGCGGCCACUGGCACCCCUUGUCAUCCUAUUCAUACUCAAUCAUGAUGUUGCCGAACAAGUGACCAAGGCAUCGAAACAGUUCAACACAAGCACUCCUAAGCACCCACUCAUCCAGGAUUUGGCUCCCUUGGUGGGAGCCAAGUCGCUUGUCACACUUGAUGGUGAUGAAUGGAAGGACCUCAGAAAACGUAUCCUUCCUGGCUUCCAGCCGCAGCACCUUCUCACAUACGCCAAAGUCAUUGCGGACAAGUCUCGAAUGUUUGUGGAACAUCUCGAAAAGAGAGCGGCAUCGGGAGAAGAAUUUCGUGUUGACGAAUUGACCACGAAUUUGUCAUUUGAUGUGAUUGGCAUCGUUACUUUCAACUUGGACCUCGAUGCGCAGAUUCCGGGAAAGCAGAGCGAGAGGGAUAACGCGAAACAUUGGCUCCGACGAUACUUUACGGAAACCGAACGAACCAUCCGGCGUCUCGACAAGCAGUUGGAUAGUAUCUUGAAGACCUCCAUCAAGGAAGAACAUGCAAAGAUCAUGGCAGGUGACACGACGUCGUCGCGUAGUGUCGCGGCGCUCAGUUUGAAUGGCAUUGAACAACUCACUCCUCAGAUCCUCCAACAAACGAGUGAUGCUUGCCGAGGCUUUCUGUUCGCCGGUCACGACACAACAAGCAUUCUGAUGCAGUGGAUGUUCUACAGUCUACACCGCCGUCCAAGCUCGCUCAAAGCCCUUAGGGAUGAACUCGACGAAGUAUUUGGUGCUGAUCCCAGCCCAUACUCCAUCAUCUCACAACUGUCUAACCCUGGCGGCGGUAAACUGCUUACGAAAAUGAAGUAUGCCGAAGCGAUUGUCAAGGAGACUUUGCGACUUUACCCACCCGGUACCACACUUAGAAUGUCACCCAAGGGAAACAACACAACCCUGACACUGCCUGAUGGGCAAAUACUCAACGUCGACGGUCUCGUGCUUAGUCCUGUAGCUUAUGCGAUUCAGCGAGAUCCCGCCAUCUUUGGGAAAACCCGAGACGACUUUAUGCCGGAACGCUGGCUCGGCCCCGAGGCAUCCAAAAUCCCAGACGGCGCAUGGAGGCCAUACGAAAGAGGCCCGAGACGCUGUACCGGCUCAGAGCUCGCCAACAUGCAGGCAAAGGUUGUGCUGGCAUGCGUUGCAAGACGGUUCGAUUUCGUCAAGGUUGGCGCCGGUGAGCUGGAACUGGAUGAAAAGGAACAACCAAUCUUGGACGACAAGGGCUAUUGCAAGACAAAGUCGGAUGUCUUUACGAUUGACGAAGUCACAGCCAAAGCGGUCGACGGAAUGACGAUGAAGGUCAAAAUCAGCAAGGUGGCCAAGACUUAUGCCUAA